CUGUGCGCGCGUGUGCAUGUGUAUGUAUGAUAUAUAUAUACGUAAUAUUUGUACGCUCCUUCGAUUGCCGAUUUCAGUGCGUACAUCGGUUUAUUGCUCCAAAAUGCUGUGCUCGGUGAUGUAUUGUCAUCAUCGGCGACUCGAACUGCAGGCGCUGCUGCAACGCUCAAACGAGAGAUCCACCACGAGAGCAAGACUCGAACGAUGAAGAGCACCUAGCACCUCGAAGGGAAAAGCAACAGCAAAGGGACGGGGAAGAAAAAUCCGAGAACCCCCGAAAGAAACAAAAAAAUCAUCCGUAGAGUCCAAAAAAGGGAAAAAAAUCACCCAAAGUACAUCACAGACGCAGUAGCGCCAGCAACGACCACAUCCACAUACACACGUAUUUAGGAGAGCGCGCGCGCUCCCAACAGCGGGUGGGGGAUGGGGCCGCGGCGCCGGAUCAGCAAUUAAUAACACGCCGGCGGCGCGCUUGCAUUUCGCGAUGAGCCGCGAUACCGGCAAGAGCCGCAUCAUCAGCAACCGAUCGCACUGUCGCUCGGCCGACACUUUGCGCCGCUUGACGGUAGCUCGCGACGGACAACCAAAACGUGUCAGAUUUUAAACGCAUACUUUUUUGCUCAUCGGUAAGUGUUGACCCCCAACCGUCAGUGCGUGCUUCCCCGUGAUUUGACACCUGCCGCAAAUUGGGAGAGGACAGACGCGCAAAAGGCUGAUCAGGUAGAAACAGAGGAUGAAGUCGGAGGACGGCGCGACGGAGAUGGGCGACGCGGAGAUCGGUAUGAUGGUGCGCCGGGCUAGCCUGGACUCGGUGGACAGGGUGAGCCUGGCGUCGUCGACGACGAGCACCUCGAGCGUGAUGAGCGGCGAGUUGGGCAGCCGUACCCUCAGGUCGUUAAAACGCGGCCUCGGCAAGCUCUGGCGCAGGCACAGGGGUAACGCGUCCAUCACCGAGUACGACCCCACUUACAAAGUGGCCUACCUCGGCAACGUCCUCACCGGCUGGGCCAAAGGCGAGGGCUGCGUUGAGAAGCCGGUGUCGACGCUUUGGCGGAACUACACGAGCAGUAACCGGCCGGACGUGACGAUGAGGCUGACUGUGACGAACGGCGGAUUGACCGCCACGACCAAGGACCACGGGCUCACCGAGUACUGGGCCCACAGGGUGACGUACUGCACGGCCCCGGCCUCCCACCCGCGGCUCUUCGUCUGGGUGUACAGGCACGAGGGUCGGAGGCUCAGGCCCGAGCUCAGGUGCCACGCGGCUCUGUGCUCCAAGGAAUCGACCGCCCGCAGGUUGGCCUCUGUCCUCGACGCGAGGCUCCACCAGGCCCUCCUCGAGUUUCGCCGUGACAAGGUCUCCAAGCAGAACGCCAGGUUGUCGCUGGCGAACUCGGUGUACGAGAACCCGUCGCUGCCGCGGCGCAAGAUCCUCCUGAGCACGGGUGGCUCGAACUACCGUCCGCCGCUCGAGCGGUCGAAAAGCGCCCCGAAGCUCUCAGCGAUCGAGGAGGACGCGGUGGCCGAGGAGAUGGAGCAGCAGCGCUUCCUCGAGGAGCUGCGCUCCCUCCAGCACUGCGGCUGGCAGGAGCCCGACAGUUGGAGGCUGGCCAGGCUCCUCGACGCCCUCAACAGUCGCGAGUCCUCGGACGAGAACGGCAGCAUAUCCAGCGGAUGCGAGACCGCCAGCACCGCCAACAGCGAGGAGCGCGCCUCCAGCGGCGAGGACUCGCACGCCGUGCUCAUGACGCACGAGGCCGAUUCCCGCAACGGCGAGGAAAAGGCCAACGGCACAGGGACAACCGAGCCAACGGCACCAUCGACCUCCCCGGGCAGCUCGACCAAGGGAAUCGGUCCUCGGCGCAACUCGGAGGGCUCGCCGCACUUCAUGACCUGCGCGGGCAGCCCGCGCUUCCGGCGCAGGAGCGCCAGGCCGCAGCGCAGGUCCCGAGCCCAAGCAACCGGCGAGCCCGACGAGUCCAUGGAGGACGAGGAAGAGGAGGACGAGCCCGAACCGACGACUCCCGGGGACAGCUUCUUCGUGUUCGAGGACGCCGACGAUAUGGACGAGGUCGUCGACUUCCGGCCCCACGGCGAGGGCACCCGGCUACAGAGCGACGGUUACUCGGCGCUGAUGGCGAGGCGGGAGGACGUGCGGAAGCUAGUGAGCGCGCGGUGGGCCUGCAGCAAGUCCCGGGACGAGGGGGACGGGUGCGAGGAGGAGCCCCCAACCAAGGCAACAUCGAGCACGGCGGUGGUGGUGGUGGUGACGGGGGAGGCGAGGUCACCACCGGUGAGGGCGAGUUUCCACGGAAAGUUGGGGGCGCUGGACGAGGAGGAGGCCGACAGCGACGAGAGCGGCUACGUCGAGGCCUCGCCCAAGAGCUCGAUGGACAGGACGGGGAUGAAGGGCAGGAAGCAGGAGGACGCCGGGGAGGAGGGGGUCGGCGGCGCGAGGGGUGGCGCCGAGUGCACGGCCGAGUUCAUAAAGUGCCCGAUCUCCGAGACGAUAAGGAAGCUGGCCAAUGCCUCGCUGAGGAGCUCCAAGGGGACGAGGGCGUGUCUCGAGUCGCUGGGCAGGCAGGUCGUAGGGCCGGAGAUCGACAGCGCCGAGUCGCCGAGUUUGCUGCAGAGGAAGCGGCUGCUCGCUCAGCAGGGCGUCACCGUCUGAAAACGUCUCCUUUUUACCCCCGCCAACCUGAUGCCGUUAUCGUUGUUAUCGUUGUUGUUAUCGUUGUUGUUAUCAUUGUUACGAAUUGUUGUAUUUUAUAUAGUUGGGAGAAGCGAGCGACUGAUCAAUUGUGUCUUAUACACACGUGACUGGAUUAUUAUUUUUUAUGGUCUGCUGGAAUCUCUCUUGAAACGCUUGUCGGCGAACAUUGUGUCGCGAAGGGGCAGAUUGGCUACUCGAUCGAGAGAGCGCACGGGUUAUUAUUUGCUCUCUUUGGACAUUACGUGUUUUUGUUAUUUGAUAUUGGUGGUCGGAACGAGAAGGAGAGGGAGGACACCGUUUCGAGCGUUGAUACUCUAGUGUAGUGUACAGUUU